AUGAGUUUGUUGGCUGUAAAUACAGUCGACAGACUAGAUCGACCGAGUGCAUACUAUGUUAGCAAGAACAAGCGUCGCAGAUUUAACGAUCGCGAUGAAGAGGAACCACAGCAACAGGAGAAAGCUGACGACAAAUUGAAAAACGCGACGACCCUCUACGUGGGAAAUCUUUCCUUUUAUACCACCGAAGAACAAAUUCACGAACUCUUUGCCAAGUGCGGUGAGGUCAAGCGACUUGUAAUGGGCCUUGACCGAUUCAAUAAAACGCCGUGCGGCUUUUGCUUCGUCGAGUAUUACACCCAUCAGGAUGCGCUGGAUUGCUUGAAGUAUAUCGGAGGAACUAAGCUGGACGAGCGAAUCAUUCGGACAGACCUUGACCCUGGAUUUGAGGAAGGGCGGCAAUUCGGGUAUGAGGUCAUCACCAAUGGCGGCUACGGGCAGUUAGUGACUGACUUUCUCUGCAGACGAGGUAAAUCGGGUGGUCAAGUGCGGGAUGAAUACCGCGAAGAAUACGAUCCGGGCCGUGGUGGUUAUGGCCGUGCCUAUGAUGAGCAGCGCCAACGCGAGGAGGAUGAAUACGGCGCCGGAAGGUAG